AUGCCUAAUCCUAACGAUGUUACAAUUGAUAUCCCAUUGACCAGUGUUUCCAGUCGCGGGCAGACUGGUGCGCGGAACAAUAGCACAAAUAUUCCCAACUCCCCAUCAGGGGGCUACUCGGCUGGAGCGGAACACAAUGGCGGCGCCGAGAAGGGCGGCUUGACCUCGAGUCCUCCCAGCAGCUCGCUCGGUUUCGGUCAUCGCCGCCGGAGGACCAUCAACGACAAAACCGGCUUGCCGGCUGAGGAACCAGAAGAUGGCACGGUCACUCGCAUGGGACGCUUCUAUCAGGCUGUCCUCAACUUCUCUACCGUCACUCGUUACUUGAUCUAUAUCGCUCCCCUUGCUGCUCUUCUCGCCAUCCCGAUCAUUGUUGGCGCAACAGCCGCUGAAGACGCUAAGAUCGGUGGUGUCUCACUUCCUUGGUUCUUUUGUUGGGUCGAGGUUGUCUGGGUAUCGCUUUGGGUGUGCAAGCUGGUCGCCAAAGUCAUCCCGUUUGUCUUCCAGUUCGUUUGCGGAAUCGUCAGUGCUGGAACGCGGAAGUAUGCCCUUAUUCUGCGGAAUCUGGAGAUUCCCAUUACGAUGGUGCUGUGGAUGAUCGUGUCGCUCGUUACUUUCCUUCCAAUCAUGGUCUACAAUCCGAGAAACAAGCGAGAAGGCGAUACUGAGACGAAGAGCUGGGAGAAGUCUGUGAAAAACGUCCUCUUUGCUUUCCUAGUUUGCGCUUUGAUCUUCCUUGGUGAGAAGACCCUCGUCCAGCUUAUUUCUAUCAGCUAUCACCGCAAACAGUUCGAUGCAAGGAUCAAAGAGUCCAAGCGCAAUAUCAAUCUUAUCGGUAUUCUUUAUGAUGCUUCUCGCAGCAUGUUCCCUAUGUACUGCAAAGAGUUUCGAGAGGACGAUGCGAUUAUCUCGGACUCCAUUCUUCUGGGAGGACCCGAAACUGGCAGGCCUGGCCAUUCACGGUCAAACUCCGCUGCUCCCCUGCGGUUCAUCCGGGGGGUUCAACAGAACGUUGGCCGCAUUGGAGGCAAGAUCACCGGGGCUUUAGGUGACGUCGCUCAUGAAAUCACUGGCAAGCAAGUUUUCAAUUCCAGCGCUGCGCGGUCUAUUGUUAGCGAAGCGCUGGAGCGCCGCCGAUCUAGCGAAGCCCUCGCUCGGCGUAUCUGGAUGUCUUUUGUCAUUGAAGGCCGUGAGGCGCUGUACCUCGAUGACAUUAUGGAGGUUCUCGGGGCUGGGAAGGAGGCCGAGGCAGAAGAAUGCUUCACUAUGCUUGACCGAGACGGAAAUGGCGAUAUCAGUCUGGAUGAGAUCAUUUUGGCCAUUUCUGAGAUCGGCCGCACCCGCAAGACCCUGAACCACAGUGUGCAUGACGUCGACCAGGCAAUCCAUGUCUUAGACAACCUUCUGGCGACGAUUGCCUUCAUCAUUGCUGUUUUGGUUUUCGUUUCGUUCGUCACUAGCGGCUUCGGCACUGUUAUCGCCGCUGGUGCUACCUCUCUCCUCUCCCUGAGUUUCGUCUUCGCUACUACCGCACAAGAAGUGCUAGGUUCUUGUAUCUUCCUGUUUGUCAAGCACCCCUUCGACAUUGGUGACCGGGUGGAGAUCGACAGCAAGCCUUACAUUGUUCAGCGCAUCUCGCUCUUAUACAGCGUCUUUCGCAACGUGAAUGAUAACCGUGUAACUCAGAUUCCGAACGUUGUUCUCAACACGGUGUGGAUCGACAAUUACUCGCGCUCAUCCGCUAUGCAGGAAAAACUGACCAUUGAAGUGAACAUUGACACCACUACCGAAGAAAUCCAGGCAUUGAAGGACGAAAUUGAAACCUUCGUCCGUAGCCCGGAUAACAAGCGUGAUUUCCACCCUGACGUUGAUAUUGAGGUCUCGGGUGUAGGUGCUCUAGACAAGCUAGAACUCACCGUAGGCCUAUUCCACAAAUCUAACUGGGCCAUCGAGUCUGUUCGUGCCGCGCGCCGUUCCAAGUUCAUGGUCGCUCUAGUUGCCGCUGUGAAGAAGGUUCCAAUCCGCACCCCCGGCGCUGCAGCUGAGGAUGCCGCUGCGGCGGACGGUGACAGGCCUGAUGACAAGCCUGAUGACGCCGAGCAGCCCCCGGCUCGUCAGUCCUCCAUCAGCGAGGGAAUACGCCAUCCCACCGUUCCAGACGACAGCUUCCCUUCUGAUUCCAAAUCAACUGGCGUCGAUCUGGGUCGCCCAGGAUCUGUUCAACGCCGAGGCGCAAGUGCUACUGCUGCAACCGGAAAUAACUCGGCUGGCAGCGCCUACAGCGAGACCACUCUCAACAACACCGUCAGCGAGCCCUACCAGCGCAGCUUUACACCCAACACGGGUGACCGGGACACAGACCACUACCAUGGCUCCAUGUCUUCGCCCGUCACGGAACGCCACCUGGGCGUCAGCCACGACUCCAUAGCCCGUAAAGCAUCCACAGCAUCAACCGGCCGUCGGAGGGCGGGCAUAAUGACUACAGCAAACCAGUCCCUUGCUUCUCCCACCACUAUGCAGUCGGAGUCUGCGCUGCCUCCUCAUCUGCAGCCCCCACCGCCGCUCCAGCCGUCGUCGUCGCAAUACUCUCAACAAUACCCGCAACAGCAGUCUCAAAGCCCGUACAGCUAUACAUACUCUGAGCGCUAUGAUCAGCCUGAGUCUUCGUUGCAGCCGUUAGAGCAUACGACUUCUUAUAACCAGUCGCUACCUCAGGUGUACGAGUAUGCGCCGGCGGCGGAUAGGAACUCGCUCGAAGGACAUUCGCCGCACGUUGACCCGCGGCAUAUGACUGAGGAACAGAGGAGGAAUUAUGAAUCGCGGAGGCUAUAA